CCACCCAUGAGCACUGCAGGUCCACAGUAAAGAAUAUCUCUCACGGCUUCCAAUCUAUAAUACAUGGCCACCACCAUUUCCUAACUAGUACAAGUGUCUGAAAGAGGUGUUCUUCGUCUGGCCCGUGGGUGGUACAGUGGUGCAGUGUUGAAUACUGGCACGUACUACUGCGGCCAGAAGAAUCCACAAGUGCUCAAUAACGAAUCUUAUCCGCACCCGAGUAGGGCCAGCCAUAGUAGCAGCAUGCCGGAGAUUGUCCCCUGUAGCAGUGUAGAAGAGGAGAGCUCGAGCCCGAUUGCCGAGCCAGCAACGAUCAUCGGAGGAAGGAAGCAAUCCACCUCUUCGAAACCAUGCAGUACGAGCUCGAACGUAUCGUGGCCGGGGCCAGAACCUCAGAGUCAUAGUCAUACGCAUGCCAAUGUAGCGGCAUCUGAGGUCGACAACAGUGUGAAUGACCCUGUUUCUUUCAGCAGUCAAUCGUCAGAUAAGACUCAGUGCCACAAUCAACCUGCGCCGAUCAACUCGACGGACCGUUGGAACAAUCGUGGCCAGUCGCUGCGCAAGAAAUUAAGCCGCCAUUUAUCUCGUACACCGAGUAGUGAAGCAGAGCCUUAUCCUACGCUAGGUUCAGAACCUAACACAGUUGUCAACGACUCUGCUGGUGCAGGCGCAAAUCACUCGACGUAUGUAGUGGCAGACAGCAGUACCGUCCAGCCCAAGCGCCGCUUCCUCACUCGGAGCUUUUCAGCUCACGGACAUACCAGUAGCUUGUCCUCGCGCAAGAAACAAGGCCUCCAUUUAUCUCGCCCACAGAGCACUGAAGAAGAGCCCUGUCUGUCUCCAGGUCCAGAAACUAACGGAGAGAUUCCCCCAGGUCCCGGAGCAGGGCAUUCACAGUCUGCGGUGCGUACAGAAGACAGCAGUCCCGUCCAGCCCAAGUCCCAGAUCGUCGCUCGUCGCUCUUCAAGUCACGGACAUAGUUGGUCAUCACGCUCUCUAUCUCGGCCGUUCAGCUUCAAGUCCUCAUCGCCGCGCUCUUCUCAAAAGCGUUCGACUUCGAGGCAGUCGAGUGAGGAUCCAUCCGAUUCUGCCGGCACUGCCGUUCACAAACAGGCAAGUAGAACACGUUCUAGUCCUACACCUCAGACGGCCAGUGACAGCAGCGUCAUGAUCGCGAAAGGCCCACGUGGAACAGUAGACGUCAUGCCACCAGAGCUGCUUGGACGACUCGAAGGCCACAAAUCAGGACUGCUACAGUCCAGUCCCAUCAAAUCGCGGACAAUAGGCAGCGGCGGAGUGGACCAGUUCCACACUUUGCAGAAAAUCAAGAAAGGCAAGUCGGAUGAAGAUCUGAGCAGUAGCCACAAGAAAGCCAUGUCCGGCAGCGGCAGCAAUGGGUGUCCUGAUUCAAACGCCACAAACAAUGUUUCCAGUCCCAGUCCGGCAACGAAGGCUAGGUUCCGUCGCCGUGCGUCCACCAACAUGGCGAAAAAGUCUGCGAUCAGCUUGGAAAUUUCUAAUCCCAUGCCAGGUACAUUUCGUAAAGUUGCCGGAGUACGUGAAGACAGAACUGACGGAGCCGGUGGCGCUGGCAGUGGCGAGCGGUCGCAAACUGUGGAGAUCGACCUUGGCAAGGAUAAAAGUCAGGUAGGAUUUGAAUACGACUUGCGUAAAUGGCCAACGUUGGACGUGCAAGAAGUGCGAGUGAUGGGAAUCACACCUGGUGGCGUUGUCGAAACUCAACACCUGCUGGAGAUCGGUGACACUAUCAGCAAAGUAAACGGUGUUAGUAUUUCUAAAAUCGGCAAUAGGGACGAGCUGCAGUUUCUGAUGAGCUCGGAGAGCACUCUAAUACUGACUGUGUCACGACGGUCACCUAGUGACACGGAGCGACAGUCCGCAGUUGGCAAUCCUCCGCGUCCUGCUACAGCAGAUGGGUUCUUCACUACACCUGAACCACCAGGAGGAGCAAGGAGUGGACAGUCGCAGCUAUCUGGUGCUAGCCCCGACCCACUGCAGAUGAAUACAGUAGCACAAUUUGUUCCUUGCGACAUCAAUCCAGAGGACAUGGAGUGCGAAUACGACGCUAUCGAGCUGUAUCCAGAAAAGAAAGAUCCGAAAAAAGCGGCACAGGCCACGGAAAGCACAGCAAGUCCAGUGACUGAUGACGACGCUUGGAUGCAAGAAAGUGGUCGCCGUGAGAGUCUGAGCUUGGUGGAGUGCAUGGAGAAUGUUGUAGAUGUCCUGCUGAGCAAGGAUUUGACUGGUCAGGAGCGACGGCAGCGUUUAACCGAGCACCUCGGCAUGGAUGUCAAUCUGCCGUCGCUCGAGGAAGAACCCAAAGGCAUGGAGGAACCAACAGUUCGCACGCAGGCCAAUGUGCCGCAACACUACAAUGCAACUACAGAAAGCAUCGCUAGUAGCCGCUCAGCUGACUGCGACAAUGGCCACGUUGAAGAAAUAACAGGAGCAAGAGCUGGCAGUGAUGAGAGCUCGGCAAGUGUUCCACCGCUCAUGUACACUUCUGACAAUAAUGAGGCGAGAGGUGAUGACGGCGAUGAUGGGGAAGAUGAACAUGUGAAUAGAGGUGACCGUGUUGGCAACGCAGGCAGUGACUCUAGUGAUGACCGCGAUGACGACGACGCAGCAGCAGACACGGGUGGCAAGCCAGCGAUGGGGAACUUAGAUGUUGUGUCGUCCGAUUCAGUGCGGCCCCGUCUCAAUAGUCUUCGUUCCCUAUCCGGCGUGCUCCAUGUCACUAUGCACGGUGGAAGUGACUUCAUCCCGUCCUCCUCAUUACGCUGUGUUGCUAGCACAGAUACACACUUGAAGCAGGACACACGUCGCGCCACAGUGUCUUCCGACGGCAGCAUCGACUGGGAGGAGAGUUUUGAGCUGGAGAUCGACGAUACGCGCUCAUUGGUCGUUUCCUGCUUUGCUUCGACCGGUACGAGCAGAGAUUCACUAACCGGGCGUGCUACAGUCCAUUUGGAGGCCCUGUUCCGUGUCGCUGGUGAGCGCAAUUUGCAACUCGACCUGGCACCGAAAGGCUCCGUUCGACUGGAUCUGGAGUUCAGUGAGCGCUCACGACUCCUGAAGCGCUUCCCGUCAGACGACCAGUACUUUGGUGUGUUUGGCAUUGACCUUCAGGAACUGGUGUCCCGCGAGCGCCGUGCUAUUCCUAUCAUUGCUGAGAAAUGCAUGGAAGAGAUCAAUGCACGUGGAUUGUCCCAGAUCAGUCUCUACCGAGUAGCAGGUUCAUUCAAGGAGAAAGAGGCACUGCGUAACGGCUUCGAAACCGACAGCAGCAUCGUCCAGCUAUCGGAGGACGACGUUCCGGAUGUCACCAUUAUUGCCGCUCUACUGAAGGAUUACUUGCGAGAACUGCCGGAGCCACUACUGACCAACAUGUUUUGUGUUGAUUUAGUGCGAGCCGCUCGUCGCACUGCCAGCGAUGGCGUGCGCCAGCAGCGCAUAUUUGAUAUCCUGCAAGCACUGCCGGCUGCAAACCUCGACCUUGCACGCAUGCUGUUCCGGCACUUCCACAGGCUGCUCCAGCAGUCGGCGAGCAACAAGUUGGGAGUGCACAGCCUGUCUGUAUGCCUGGGCCCCAUCCUCCUGUGUCCGUCGCCCCAUGCCAGAGGUACGGCCCAAGAGAGUGUGGACUUUGACGGCAUGUCCGGUGUCAUGGAAGCCAUGCUGGACUUUGGAUGGCCGGACACUGCCUACACCAAUGAGGAGACCAUGUUCUAGAUUCCCUUGGAGUAUUGCUCAUGCUGUUGGUGCCGACUGCGUUUAUACCGCAAGUACAUGACAUGACGUGAGUACUCCUUGUACUUUAAUUAUAGUGACUGAGUGCAAUAGGACGAACGUACAUUGUAUUCGCUCCUUGAUUGCUUGUUUGCUCUUGUAGUACAUGUAUGUCUUUUGCACGGUCACGCACACUACUUGUGCUUAGGCAUAAUUCACCAGGUAGGAUGAUGACCUAGGCUGCAUAAAUUCUAGAGUUGAUUGAGAUGCGCAAACUAUGUGUACUUUUGCUCUCUUUAUUUCUUUUUUAUAAACUUGUUUUCCUGUGCCGGAAUUUUUAAACUUUUUAUUUUCAAUUUCAGCUCCAAUGCCAAUGGGCAUGCUGCUUGAGUGCACAAGGUAGCAUGUUUCAGUAUUCUGUGAUAUUUUUUAUCUCCCAUCCGUGUUCGGCUUAACAGGCGUACCUCAUGUGCACCGCUCGCUUUACUUCCCUUGCCUGGCACUAGUAAUUCGUUUUUAAAAGAAGUGUCUGCGUUAUUCUAGGGUCUCCAUUACCGCAUUGUACCACUUGUUUGGACCAAGCUUGUCGCUCGAAUUGAUGUUUCUGCUUGUAAUCAACUUAGUUUUGUUCUUGCUGCGAUAAUGAGGCAGCACACACACCAUCACCACUGUCUGCUCAGUUUCUGUAUAUGAGUAGAGACUAGACUAGAGAUAGGGGCAUACUGCAGUAUCAGUCUAUUUUAGAAUUUCUUUUAUUGUGGCUUUCACUCCACUGCCUUUCAUCAUGGCAAGAAGCAAUUUUUUUCUGCUAAUA